UCUACCGUGGUCGGAUGCACCCUUUUUAAUUCUCGCGGAACCGUGAGAUUUUUUUAAUACAAAAACAUGACCUUGGCGCACUCUGCGAGGUAUUUACCUAAAUCGAGGUCUGAACUCGAUCGUACCUGUACGUAUUAUUACAACACAACAUCAACUUUUAACACAGAAAGCAACUGCAGUUCAUGGACGAAAAUAAAAUAAUAAAGUUGUUUGAGUGUUUUGACGUAAACAAUGCAGGAAGUUAUGCGUUUCGACUUGUGACAUGAUCGGGAAAUUAUACAGGAAACUUUUUGAGGGGAUCGAAACAAAAUGGAUGACGAUGAACAGGCCAUCGAACUGUUAGACAGGAAUAACGGUGUUAUUGAGAACGGUACUAUACCGACCGAGGACGUGUACGCCGAGCGCACCGUACCCGCCCAGUCUGUACCGUCUCCCGACGCGGAGACCUACCUAAGAGAGAAGGGCGAACGCGGCGAGGAAGCACGUUACGAUGCCAUUAGCAAGCUGGCCGGUACGGGGAACGGGCUGAAGCUUCAAGAUUUGUUGACGGAAUGGAAAGAACAUGGCUGGUUGCGGGAUUGGAGAAACGAAGAGGAUUUGACGCUUUAUGCUGACGCCAUCACGGAUGGGUAUAUAGAUGUAAUAAACGUGCUUCUCAUGUUCCACAUACCCCUCGGUGACGCAUUGAUACGUGCAAUAGACGUGGGGUUUGACGAAGCAGUCACGGUGAUAUGUCAUUAUCUCCAAGAACCGGACCAAGAGGAUAUACGAGAAUCCAUCCUGACCGAUAGUUGUGAUAAUGAUGAUUUUCAUCCAGCCAUUACACCUUUGGUUCUGGCAGCUCAGCGUAACAACUUUGACGCUGUUAAGUUACUGGUCGGACUCGGUGACAAGCUUGACGAGCCGAACAUCACACGGGGCGAUGUGACCUUAACCCAAGCCGUAUCCACCCUCCACAUCUACCGCGCCCUCUCCCAGCCCGCCUACGUCUUGGCCACCCAGGUGGACGUCUUCGGCCACGCCUUCGAGAUGAGCAAGAAACUCCGGACUCUGAGUGCGAUGUGGGAGGACUUCGGUGCCGAGUAUGAGGAGAUGGCGAGAGGCAUUGAAGUGUUUGCCGGUGAGAUGCUGGGAGAGUCCAGUUCGACCGAAGAGAUUCUUGCGCUGUUUCGCUACCACAACACGGAUAAGUACCGGAAUGUUGAAGGCAAACAACAUCCAUUGGCUAAGCUGUUCGAGGCAAUUAACUACAAACAGAAAGAGUUCAUAGCUCAUCCUCAUUCCCAGAAGGCUAUCAUUGCGCAGUUCUACCAGAAUCUUCUGAGCUGGAACGAGAAGGGUGUCCUGCAUCAAAUUUUGCUCGCACUUUUGGUCAUUCUGGGGUAUCCAAUCAUCUGCAUGCUCUACAUAGUCUUCCCGUUCCCAAAGGUUGUGAAGUUCACCAGACUGCCGUAUGUAAUGAUGUUGAUGAAGGCAGGGUCUGGCUUCACCUUUUUGGUGUUUGUCAUCGCAGCUAGCGUCAUAGAUAACCCUGAAACAAUAGACACCCUCCAUUGGCUCAUUCUUAUUUGGAUUAUAGGUUUAAUGUGGAUGCAUAUCAAGAUCAUAAUGAAACAAGGAAGAGCGAGUUACAUAUCAGACAGUUCCAAUAUCCACGAGGCAGUUAUUAUAAUACUUUAUCUCACAGUGUUCUUUCUACAGUGGAGUGGGAGAUUUGAUCUGGUGCAGUUUGUUCGGCCACAAGUUUAUAAUCGCUCUACCCGUGACGAUAUAACAUUUGCAGACAACGAACCGAACUCCAAUGUCCAAAGCCAUGUAACUUCAGUCCUUAAGGGUCUUCAGGGAAGACUGAACAGAACGAUCAUAGAGGGCGUGUCCGGGAUCAUUGCUAACACGCUCUCUCACUGUCGCCAAGUUGGCUCCCUGAGCGACGUUGUUGACUCGGGUGCAGCAGCAUCUGUCCUACCACCUGCGCUUCAAGAAUAUUUGGAGUACGACGCGUACCAGCCGACGCUGGUAGCCGAGACGUUGUUCGGGGUGACCAUAACAGUGUCAUUCCUCCGUCUUUUGAACUUGCUUCUAGUCAGCGAAUCCGUGGGUCCGCUGCGCAUCUCCCUCGGAGCGAUGACUGGAGACAUCUUAAAGUUCCUUGUAAUCUUCCUGGCUAUUUGGUUCGCUUUCGGAAUCGGUCUUUAUCGGAACUUCUACUCGGCUGGACAAUCGGCGAUGCGGGCAUGCGCUGGGGAAGGGAGCGAACCUGCUGAUUGUCAUACACUGGUUGGUUUUUCCUCAUUUACUGGUGGCAUGCACGAUUUGUACUGGUCGCUGUUCGGCAUGAUAGGUACAAAUAUCCUCGUGCUUCCUGCAAAACAGUCUGUUGCCGAAACCGCAGGCACCGCCCUCUAUGUCUGCUAUCACAUUGUCGCGGUACUCGUCCUACUAAACGCCCUCAUUGGUAUGCUGUCAAAUACGUACAACAUAGUGGAGGAAGAUGCUGACACUGAGUGGAAAUUUCAUCGUGCCACCGUUUGGGCGACUUAUCUACGCCCAGUGGGUACUCUCCCACCACCCUUCAACCUUAUCCCAUCCACCAAGAGUAUCUACAGGCUGCUUCAGUACACCAUUGCGCAGUGGGUGCCGAGCUUCAAGCGAGAAGUUGUUUGCCAGAGGGAGAUUUACAACGAAAAGGAGAUCGAUGAUUACAUGAGAGUCAUGAAGCUGGUCAGUAGUCGUUACAUCCAGGGUAACCUCUCGACAGAAUCUCAAGCGUUGGAAGGUGUAAGACCGAGGGAUCUCAACGCACUCAGGAAUGACAUUCUGGCAUUCAGAUUCUUCGUACAGGACCGUUUAGGAAACAUGAACACAACCCUCGGAGUUUCAAAUGAGAAGUCUGGAAAUAUCAGACAGAAAGUGGAAGAUCUCGAUCCUCUCUCCGAAAAGGCUUCGGAGCUCGUCACGCAGUCUGGAGCUCUUACUGAACACAUCGGAGAGCUCAACGACAAAACUGAUAACUUGAACGUGAGGCAGGAGACGGAGAUCUCCUGGAGGGAGCAAGAGUAUCUCCAGAAGACCAAGACGAUCGAAGAGCUACGGGAGGAGAAUGAGCAGUUAAAGCGAGACCUCUCGAGGGAAAUUACGGAUUCCGCUGAGAAGACAAAGACACUGAACAAGGUUAGAGAAGACUUUGGGCAGUUGGAGGUAACCCUCUCACGGGAGAGAAAUGAAUCUCUUGAGAAGACGAACACAAUAGAAGAACUAAGAGCCCAGAUUGAAGAUUUAGAGAGAAACCUUUCGAUGGAAGUAAUGCAUUCCAGUGAGAAGACACAGUUAAUAGACAAACUCCGAGGUGACAACGAACGGUUGGAGGAAGGUCUGUCAGCAGAAAGAAAUGAUUCUAUCAGUAAGGCCAAUGAGAUUCAAGAACUGCUUGCAAAUGUGAAGAAGUUGGAGAGUGAUAUCUCGAGGGAGGUCUUGAGAGCCAGUGAACAAGAACAUAUGGUAGACAAACUCCGAGAUGAUAAUGAACGGUUGGAACACAGCCUUUUAGCUGAGAGGAAUGAUUGCGCUGAUAAGGCGAAGACGAUAGAAGGACUUCAAGCCAAGAUUGACGGAAUGAUGGAUUCCUCUGGAGACAGCGAGACGAUAGAACAACUCCGGGCAGAGAUUGAACGGUUGGAGGUCAACCUUAUUUGGGAAAGGGCCGACUCUGUUGAUAAAAAAAAAAUUAUAGAUAGACUUCAGGGCGACUUGGAUCAGGUACGAGAAGAUCUGUCGACGGAGAGAACAGACUCCAUUGCGAAAGCAAAGAAACUUGAUGUCCUAGCAGAUGAAAUUGAGAAGUUAGAAGGGCUACAUGCAGCCAACACUAAGGAGACUGCUCAAAAGCAAGAUAGGAUAGACCAGCUUCAGAAAGAGAUUGAAAGUUUAAAAGAAAGUCUUUCUGACAGACGUAAGGACGCUUCUGAGAAAGAUGAAAAGAUGAAGGAACUCCGAGUCGCCAAUGCCCGUUUGGAAGGCAGUCUCUCAGCAACAAGGACCAACUCAGUUGAGAGGACUCACACUAUAGAUAGACUCGAAGGUGAAAUAAGGAGAUUAGAAAGCAGUCUGUCGAGGAAAAUUAUUGAAGCAGUCCAAAAGAACCACACUUUAGAACAGCUCAAAGCCGAAAGCACGCGUGUAGAGGGCAUGCUCUCAAGGAAAAUUUUUAGUUGUACACAGAAGGAUGCUACAAUAGAUGAACUCAAGGCAGAAAAGAAUCGGCUGACGAGCAAGCUCUCCUUGGAAGUUAAAGAUUCUGCGGGGAAGGCCAAGACAAUUGAGGAGCUCAAAGUCGAGAUGAAGCGGCUGAAGAACAGAUUUUCGAUGGAAAUGCAGGAGAGGGAUAAGCUGGAAGCCAGUCUAAGUGGCACUAUUAAGAGUCUCCAAGAUGAAGCUUCCAGGACGUCUUCAUCAGGGACUGAAAGGAGAUAAAGUUGAGCCAACUUCUUGUGAUUUUAACCAUUUCGGGGCCAUGAUGUCUUCAAUAUGAUAUGGUUGAAAUUGCAAGGCUAACUAUACCUUGUGAUUUCAUCAAAAAUCAAGAAAAGUUGAGACAAUUGUGAUUUGUUAAAAAAUUAGGCAAUGAUGGAGAUAAAUUGCGAUUUUAUCCAAAAGUUGAAAAGAAAUUUGAAAAUAGCAAGGAUUUGGCCUAAGCCUUGUGAUUUUAUCGUAAAUCAGGCACUAAAAAUUAUUUUUUUUGUCCAAAAUUAGUCUUAU